UUGAAAGAAGAAAAUCGUAGCGCGUAAAGACUCCCGCUAAAGAAACCGGAGAGAGAAGGAAAUGGAUUCAGAUCCAUCGCUAAAAUUUGCAAUAGCAAUCGCUCUAAUGCAAUCGAAACUGCUCAAGAAAUCUACAAAUCAAACUUCUUCUACUUCUACUUCUACUGGAUCUGAUGCUCAACGUUGGAAGACGAAGGCGAAAGCGCGAAAGCAAGAGAUUCUAAAGCUAAAACAAGAACUAAAAGAACUUGAAGAUGGAAAACAAUUCGAUGUUUUACCCCAAAUUGCGUCGUGUAAGUGUUAUUUCUUUGAUAAUUUGGGAAAAUUAAGCCCUAAAUUCGGAGAUAGCCAUAAUCACGGGUUCGAUGAGGUUUUACGGCGUAGAUUCCUUCGACAAGUACGUCUUGUGGAAAGAAAUAAAAGACCUUGCACAUCUAUCAGGCGAAAACAUGAUUUAGAACUGAAUGCUGAAGACCAGAUAGAGCAACUUAGCACCUCUGCUGAUUUCUUGGUGGAGCAAUGCAAGACCCUUGAUCCUGUGACUAAUACUUCUUUUACCAAUUGGUCACACCAAGCAGUCGACAUGAUAUUAGCUUCAUUGAAGAAUAUACCUGCAAAGGAAAAGGAACAUGAACUUAUUGAAGGGAUCGUCAGCAGCUUGAUUGCAAGACUGGUUGGAGCGUUGUGUACCUCCCCAGGAGAUGAAUCAUCUUGUUCUCAUACUGAUGCUGAAUUUUACAUUCAACACUUAAUUCGUAAGCUGGGAGGUGAUGCAUAUAUUGGUCAACGAACAAUCCUUGAAGUUUCUCGUAGGAUUUCUAUGUUGUCAGAGAGUUUGCUUUUUAUGGAUCCGUUUGAUGAUGCUUUCUAUAACACUCACAGCUGCAUUUUUAUGUUGAUCCAACUUGUUGAAUUUCUGAUAUCAGACUACGCACAAACUUGGCUAGAUAAUGAAUGCUUUGAAAACGUAUUAUUUGAAGAGUGGGUAAGAUCUGUUCUUCAAGCCCGGAAGUCAUUAAGUCUCUUAGAAAGCAGGAAUGGGCUAUAUGUCUUGUAUAUGGACCGCCUUACAGGGGAUUUGGCAAAGAAAGUCGGUGAGCUUUCACGUCUCCCAACACUCAGCCCAGAAGUUCUUGCAAUUCUGUUUCACUAAUUUAUCUUGUUCAAAUUCACUGGGUAUAUAUAUAAAUAAAAAGGAGGCCACUGUAAAUGGCAUGCCACUCGUAGUGAAGGCUAGAGGUUUUAUUUCUCUCCGGUGGAAUAGGCCACUGUGCCGAACCAUGUUAUGGCGUCUCUCUCUACUACUUUCUCUUGAUGAUCUGCAAGUGUUAAAUGUAUGUUUCUCUACUACUUUCUCUUGAUGAUCUGCAAGUAUUAAAUGUAUGUUUGAUGUUCUUGAUGUCUGCGUAUAUUUUGGCAGUUGCAUAAAUUGCCUCGACGAGUUCAAAGCUUUUAUAGGUUUUGUUUUGCACAUCCCUGUUGAAAUGAUCAAACUUUAACCAUCAUUCUUCAUUUUCCCC